UAUUAUUAUUUUUUAUCCAUUUCUUGAAACUCUGGCUCUUUAUUUCAAAUUUCUGAAUCUGGCUUUUUAUCAUUUGAUCUAAAAAUCUAAUUUGGUUUUUAUCAUUUGAUAUAAAAAUCUAGAUUUAUCUUGUAAUCGAUUCAGAAUUUGAGCCAGACAGAUAAUGUUGAAUCCGAGGGUGAAUGGAGAAAACUCUGUUGUGGUGGCAGUAGACAAAGAUAAAGGAAGCCAAAAUGCCUUGAAAUGGGCCGUUGAUCAUCUCCUCUUCAAGGGCCAAACUGUUAUACUACUUCAUGUUAAUCAAACACCCUCUUCAAUUUCCUCUCAAAGUAAGUCAGAUUGCAUCACUUUCUUAAACUAUGGUUCUCCUAUGUCCCAAUCUUCGCGUGCAGCAGGGUGUAUAACAAACAGACAUGAACCUGAUAGGCAAACCAUGGAGCUGUUUCUCCCCUUCCGUUGCUUUUGCUCGCUUAGAGAGGUGGCCUCCGAUAAAUGCUUCAUUCUCAAGAUUUUUCUUUUCAAUGGACAUGUUCAUUGUGAGGAUGUCAUACUUGAAGAUCAAGACAUAGCAAAAGCACUAGUGGAAUUUGUUUCCUAUAACAGAAUUAGCACUUUGUUGCUCGGUGCGCCAUCUAGAAAUGGCAUCUCGAGACUAUUCAAGACUGAUAUUCCAAGCACUGUGUUAAGAGGAGCACCUCAUUUCUGCAAUGUCUAUGUCAUCUCAAAAAGAAAGAUCGCUUCCUCACGGUCUGCAUCCCGUCCAGUUCCAUCAAAUUCAAUACGACAGAGGAUGCAUUUCGGUCACAAUAAUCAUAAUCACGAGACAGAUUAUAUGAGUGGAACAACAAAUAGCAGAAUGCAUGAUGAGGUCACGGUGCCAGAUACUGACAUCUCGUUUGUAAGCUCUGGAAGGAUAAGCACUGAUAGCAUGUUCUUUGCUUUCUAUGAUAAUCUGGGAUCUGAACAAACCUCCGAAAUGACCCACCGGUCUUCAAAGAGCUUGAGUGUGUGGGACAAAAGCCACGAUCCGUUAUGCUUGGGGUCCAAGUUGGGUUGUUUCGACUCUGCAGAUGAAGUCACGAGAAUGAGGCUGGAAAGUGGAAGAACAUCAUCGUCACUGCAUAGCAUUCAAGAAUUGGAAGAAAAGAUGAGAAGACUAGAGCGACAGAUGAAACAAACCAUGGACAUGUACCUUGCAGCCUGCAAAGAAGCAUUGGAAGCAAAAGAGAAGGCAAGGGAACACCAACUUCGGAACACAGAGUAUGAAAAGAGAUUAGAAGAAGCACAAAAGGCCAAGGAGGAAGCACUGGUGGUAGCAGAGAUGGAAAAAGAGAGGGCUAAGGCAGCAAUUGAGGCGGCCCAUGCAGUAUGCAGGAAAGCUGAGCAAGAGGCACAGAAGAAAGUAAAUGCAGAAAUGAAAGCACCUAAAGAAUCUGAAGAUAAGAUGACGACAUUAGAUUCAUUAGGCGGCUCCCCUGUUGUCCGCAAAUAUCAAAGCCUUCUCCAUAUUACGGUUGUCGUGUUCAUAUUUUAUCUAUACUUUAUCGUUCUUGUACUGCUGACUGCAACAGCAGCUCUUAGCCCUUUCCGUAUUGCCUUUGCUCAAAUGAGGAGUACUUCGAUGGGUGGCCGUAAAUGGUCAAAGGAGAAUGGGGAAACGACGAUUCAGAAUGUAGCAGUAGGAGUGGACAAAGACAAAGGGAGCCAAGCUGCUCUCAAAUGGGCUAUUGAUAAUCUUGUUGAAAAGGGUCAAUCUUUGACACUAAUCCAUGUCAAUCAAAGACAAUCCCAUUUCUCCACUCCAACUGCAAGUGAUGGAAACAAUGGGGUUGCAAGAGUAUAUAAAAGCCAGGUUGCUGAUCAAGCCGGGGAGUUUUUCCUCCCCUUCCGUUGCUUUUGUACGCGUAAAAAUAUAAAAUGCGAUGAAGUCAUGCUCGAAGAAAUGGAUGCUGCAAAAGGCUUAUGUGAUUAUGUUAAGCAAAAUUUAGUUGAGAUUUUGGUAGUUGGUGCUCCAUCGAGAAAUAGCUUUGUUAGAAGAUUCAGGAGUACUGCAGAUGUUCCGAGCAGUGUCUCAAAAGCAGCACCAGAGUUUUGCACUGUUUAUGUAAUCAACAAAGGAAAAGUUUCGUCAUUGCGAGCUGCCUCACGUCCGGUGCCUGUUCGAGUCACUCGUAACCAAUUGCAGAACCAAAGCAAAGCCGUUGAAAAUCCAGUCAAUGCACGCCCUACGCAAAACAGCAGCUCAAGAGCAAAUGAGAGGUCACCAUUUAAAUAUCGUAACAUGACUGAGGAUGUGGAGCCCAAGUCACCUUUUCUGAGGAAUAAAGCUCCAAGAUCACAUGGGGAGUUCUCGGGGUUGGAUUCUGACAUAUCAUUUGUGAGCUCCUCCAGGCCAAGCACCGAUCGUAUGUUCCCUUCUUUCCUUGAUAGUCAGGAUAUGGGAGUGGCCCCUCGUCUUUCAGCCAGCUCCGACGCAAACAAUAGAAACUUUGGUUCGCCAUUCGCAGGAUCCAGAUCACCUGAUCCAAAUUCGAUGUAUGGGUUCUCACCGCACUCACAGGACAAUUCAAGUAUGUCAUGGUCAUCACAAAAUGUGGAUGACGUAGAAGCUGAAAUGAGGAGGCUUAAGCAAGAGCUCAAGCAGACAAUGGACAUGUACAGUUCUGCAUGCAGAGAAGCAAUCACAGCCAAACAAAGGGCAAUGGAGCUUCAUCAUUGGAAAAUAGAGGAACAACAAAGAUUUGAACAGGCACGACUGGCUGAGGAAGCAGCAUUGGCAAUUGCAGAAAGAGAAAAAGCCAAGUCUAAGGCAGCCAUUGAAGCAGCUGAAGCAGCUCAGAGAAUUGCUGAACUGGAAGCAAAAAAACGAAUGAAUGCGGAAAUGAAAGCACUCAAAGAAUCAGAGGAGAAGAAGAAGGUACUUGAUGCUCUGGCACAAAAUGAUAUCAGGUACCGGAAAUAUAGUAUAGAUGAAAUUGAAGCAGCCACUCAGAACUUUGCCGAAUCUCGCAAAAUUGGGGAAGGGGGUUAUGGACCGGUAUACAGGUGUUAUUUGGAUCAUACACUAGUUGCAGUUAAAGUUCUUCGUCCAGAUGCAGCUCAAGGAAGAUCACAGUUCCAGCAAGAGGUUGAAGUUCUAAGUUGCAUACGGCAUCCCAACAUGGUCCUCCUCCUUGGAGCUUGCCCUGAGUAUGGUUGCCUAGUCUACGAGUACAUGGCUAAUGGUAGCUUAGAAGAUCGUCUUUUUCCACGAGGAAAAAAACAUGUUCUUCCGUGGCAAAUAAGAUUCCGUAUUGCUGCAGAGAUUUGCACUGGCCUUCUUUUCCUCCACCAGACCAAACCAGAACCACUAGUGCACCGUGAUUUGAAACCCGGCAACAUUUUGCUUGACCGGAACUUUGUCAGCAAGAUUAGCGAUGUUGGUUUAGCUAGGCUAGUCCCUCCAUCCAUAGUAGACUGUGUAACUCAAUACCGCAUGACAGCAACAGCUGGGACUUUCUGUUACAUAGACCCUGAGUAUCAGCAAACUGGCAUGCUCGGAACAAAGUCAGAUAUUUACUCACUUGGUAUCAUGCUUCUCCAAAUACUUACAGCCAAACCCCCCAUGGGUUUGACUCAUCAUGUUGAAAGGGCUAUAGAGAAGGGAACUUUUGCCGAGUUCCUUGACCAGAAGGUUCCUGACUGGCCAGUUGAGGAGGCCUUGAGUAUGGCCAAAUUGGCUCUCAAGUGUUCAGAGUUAAGGAAGAAAGAUAGACCGGAUCUAGGGACCGUCAUAUUGCCUGAGCUUAACAGGUUGAGAGCAGUGGCAGAACAGAACAUGCCCAACUUCAUGAUGUUGGCUGGCAGCCCAGGAAAUUCACCACAUCAGACCCCACUUUCCUCAUUUUCUCAGGACAACACAGGUGACUCUCAGCUUCGACAUUCUGGUUACAAAAGCUCAGGGAACCACUCAAACACAUCAUCAUAUACGCCACAGAGAAGAUCAAAUAUGGAUUACUAACAAGCAAAUGUAAUUUUAGAAGAGCAAACACACACACACACAAACACACACCAGUUUGAAGUAUAAGGCCAAUUUCAUUUUACUUCUUUGUUUAACAGCGCCAGGAAUGUGAAGGUUGAAGGAAUUUCAGUCCACAAUGGUUCAGUGUGUCCAAGUGAUGGCUUCAAGUUGUGUUUUGUGAUCUCUAAUCAAAUGUAAUCAAAUGAUUUACAAAAAUUCCUGUAAACUGAUUUUUAAUAUCUUGACAAGCUUUGUAGUACUAUGU